GCUGAAGCUGAGGCUGAGGCCGAAGCUGAAGCUGAAGUUGUAGCUGAACCUGAGGCUGAGGUUGAAGCUGAAGCGGAAGGUGAAGCAGAAGAAGAAGUGGAAGAAUUGGUCGAAGCAGAAGUGGCACCGAAAGCCGGAGCUGAGGCCGAGGCAGAAUUGGUAGUAGAGGCCGAGGCAGAGGCAGAAGUGUGGCCAGAAGCAGAAGCAGAACCCGAGGUGGAAGCCGAAAUCGAAGCAGAAGCGGAAGCGGAAGCGGAAGCAGAAGCAGAAGCAGAAGCCGAGGCCGAAGCCGAAGCGGAAGCCGUAGUCUCACCCGAAGCCGAACUGGAAGCAGAGGCAGCGGGAGAGGUAGAGGCCGAGGCAGAGGCAGAGGCAGAGAUAGAGGUAAAGAGAGAGGCAGAAGCAGAGGCCGAGGCCGAGGCAGAGGCAGAGGCAGAGGCAGAAGCUGAGGUCGAGGCCGAGGCUGUGUCUGUGUCUGAGGCCGAGGCUGAGGCUGCAGGUGAAGCAGAAGAAGAAGUGGAAGAAUUGGUCGAAGCAGAAGUGGCACCGAGAGCUGGAGCUGUGUCGGUAUCUGAGUUGCUUUCAAUAUGCACUGCGAAAGAGGAGGUUGUGAGAGAUGCGGAGUCUGUUGCUGGUUUGGCAUAUUCCUCCGGGGUUUCUUGUGAACCAGUGUCGCGAUUGGUGUUGUCUGCUGUCUCGCGGGAUGUAUCAGCCGAAAUCUCCUCCUCUGCGGCUGUUGACACGUUCUCUGUCCCGCAUCCAUCCCGUAUUUCCGACUUUGAAUCUCCUGAAUCCUCGUCUCAGGUUGAGUCACCCUCGGUGGCUGCUCGUUCCAGAGUUUCACGUUCCGCUUCUCAAGCUGAUAUGGACUCUGAUUCUGACGCCCUGACGGAAGUGGAGGCUGAUGUUGGUGCUGUUGAAUUCGGCCCGGGUGACGUUCUUCCUUCGGUUUCUAUCUCGAAUGCUGCUUUCGACGCAUUGGCUGUGCAAUCUGUCGAUGAAACGCUUGAUGGUUCUAUAACUCCAAUGCGUCCACCGGAAUGUGUUCCUUCUUUGAUGGUUCCAACUUAUGCUGAAGCAGACCUGGUCGACCACCCAGCAAGCGAACUGCAAACGUCACUAGUGGCAUUGUCUGCGACUGAAUUACCUGUUUCAUCACAGGAUUUGCCACUUUCAGUUCCGACAUCUUCUCUUGAGGCAUCUUUAUGUUUACCUUGUGAGGAAAUGCAGCUAAGAGAAACUACAAUUGGCCUUAGCGAUUUAUCAGGUCUACCUUUGGAAGAGGUCCGGAUGCAACCUGAUGAUGAGAGACUUACCGCCGUCAGUCUUGGUCGUUUAGAUACGUCCGUAUCAGAGCAAAUGAAAGCGGAUUCCGUUUCUGAAAAAUCUUCCAAAACAUCCGUCGUUCUUCCAAUCACGGAAUCUGUAAAGAUGUUUGCUGAUGAAUCCGUAGUUUUUGAGGAGACUCAGCCAAUGGACACUAUAAAUGUGCCCACGUUUGUAAGUGUAUCCGAAGAUUUGCGUUCACCAUUCAAAAUGGAAGACCAUAAUUCGCCGUAUAAACGCCAAAACGUUUCAGUAUCGGAGACUGCCGCAGCACACGACGGUUUGCACUUAGGUUUGACUGGGUUCAAACGCCCUGCAAUAGAUCCACUCAAACAAAUUGAACAACCACCUCAACUGAAGUCCGCGAUAAUCGAAAUACCGCAUGUGAGAAGCAUUGAGAGGGAAAGUGAGAGAAUUUCCUGUUUGAACCACCCAGAGAAAUCUGCUACUCUCUGUUUUGAGGAGAAGGAACUAGUAAAGGCUAGUCAGACAGCUUCACUUGAUGAAGAGCUACGAGGAGCUCGAAAUAUAGCACUUUCACACUCGCCUGACAUAAAACUGUUUGAAGCCACAGAGACCAGUUGUGAUUCACGUGAAGUUCAUGCUUCAGCUUGCGUUCCCGAACUGGUCGCAGAUUCUGAGCAAGCUACAGAGUCAGAAGAUUCGUUGCAACGACAAACUACAAGGAGAUCUUCGGCUGAUGACUCGGUCACAUUGGAAACGGAUGACGUAGAAAUACCUCGUGGGUCUGAGUUUGCUGCAAUGGAUAUUAAAUUUUCUAGUCCAUUUGCGCUGAGUUCCGAGGUACUUGAUACCGUCAAUCAAUUGGAAUUCGCCAUCAAUGAAGAACCGGCUUUAAUGGAAGGUGAUAGUAGACGAGAAUUACCGUCAGGACUAGAGUUAGGUGAAGAUAGUGAUUCAAAAUCACUUUUAGCCUUCCAGUCUCAAUCAGUCACUCAUGAACGUCGGCGAAGUGAUGACGAUCUAAGACAGCUCGCUGCUGCUACCGGAACCAACUUACUGACUGAGUUUUCUGAGGCUGAUGAUGAAGACGAUGAAUUUAUGGCCGAAAGAAUGCAUGGAGGUGUUUCAUGUGAACCAGGAUUGAGAGCGGAUCACCUGACACAUAGAGAUUCAAAACCAGCAGGAAUGAGCAGACCAUAUGAAUUGUCAGCCAAUCAAGUGCUUAGUUCUGCGCUGGAUAGAUCAAUGAAGAUGUUGAAUCGAUUACAAAGUUACGGUUUCCGUUCUGGUACACCGGUCCAAUCGACCAGCGUUCGCCGACCGGAAGUGCUUCUCUCAGCAACGCCUUACGUGUUUGGUCAAACUAGUGAGGAUACGCUAAUCGAAAAACCGAUUGUAUCUAAUGAAAAAGAAAGAAAGCAUAGUGAAGAACAAUAUGAAGUAGUAGAAUCUAAAACACCUCAAGAAGAAUAUUCGCCGGAAGAUGAUGAGAGUGAAGCAGAUGAGGUGAUCGAUUACGCAACCGACAGCUUGGAAGAUGUGCGCACCCAGCAACCGACAGACACAGAUAAAGAAAAAACAGAUGGUGAGGAUGUGGUUGAUUUAUCUUGUGCAAGAGAUGGUUUGUCACCAAUCAUGGAAGUUGCCGGUGCUGAACAAGCUAGUUCACCAGAUGUAUCGCACGAUAGUAGCUCCAGUUUGCAAUUACUUAAUCUGGAUUCUGAAAUAGACAUUGGAGAAAGCUCCUCUAAAGAACAGUUGGAUGUCGUAGAAGAAGAGGCUGUAGAAGAGGGAGAAACAAAACAACGUUUAGAAAAAACCGAUAUGCUACCGUUAUUGGGUCAACUCUCAGAAGAAAUUGAAGACUUUACAUCCUGUCUCGCCCAAGAUGUACCAGGUGGUGCUCAUUGGGCUGAUUCUAGUGUAUCCGCUACCGCGUGGAGGAGUACAACUCCCGAAGAAUCCAGUCGGGAUAGUCAGUCGACCAUUGUCCAAGUCACUCACGGCUCACAAUUGUUCAUCCAAAGACCAAAAACAGCCGAAGAAAGGCGUUCAAUUUUACCGUCAGAUACCUAUGUCACAGGUGGUGACACAUCAAUUCGACGAUAUUCUUCCGGAGAGAUGGUUCCCGAAGAUCAACAUAUCUCUCCAGCCACACCAGGUUUGCAUGGGUCCCACACAACCUUGGCAUCCGUAGAGAGUGAUCUGAAUUUGGUAGAUCGGAAGCGUAGCUUAUCUGAUAUACAAGACAGUGGUGUUCCCUCCGUUGGCACUGGUGCUACAGGCCCGAUGCGACCAGAAAUAAGUGGAGCUGUAUCCAUGCCAAAAUUACCCUCAAAAGACACUGAAUUCAAGCAAAUCCAGGCUGAUGUAAUAGAGGGUGGAACAGACGAACAGGAGAAAAUCCCUUAUGGACGUGGUUCAUUGCAAGAGUUGGAGAAGAGUCCUCCGCAAACUGAAUCACUCGGAGCAAAAAGACCCAGAACCACCACGGAAGACUCUUCACAACAAGGAAUCGGCAGUGGUACAAGCAGUUCCCUCUCUGAAUUUGAACGUUUAGAACGUGAAGUGGCUGCACAUAGUACAUCCACGUCCAUGAGCAGUAUGCCUCGCGAGAGUGCUCCUGAAUUGAGUUCCCAAACCUCAUCAUUGUCUGAAUUCUUACGCAAUGAAAGAGAAUGUGAAGGCUCGGCAGAAGCGAUACCACCAAUUGCUGAUGAGAAUGGGGCCGGUUUGCAAUCGAUUACCCUGGGUGAGCUGGAGUUUACCCGACCAACAGAUGUGACACCGGAACCAAUGGGCGCAUUGCAAACAGGCACAAUCACCACAAUCUACGAGGAUGUGUUGGCUGAACAACAGGCCAGUAUGAUGACUCAGAGCACAGAUUCCGCGACUGCACUCAGUUUGAGCGAAGCGCAAACAGUGGGACAGGAUGUGGCCCGUAUGUAUCAUCUGUUGCAAGAUGAGAUCGAUCAGACAAGGACUGCCUCCGUUCAGUUUGCCUCCAUGACCGAACUUAGCACAAAAGAGCAAACACAAGAACCGAUUGUUGAGACGGAACUUGGUCUGGCCACUGAGAUGGUUGACUAUCCAGAAAGUGAAGAACUCAUCGAUCUAGCUGAUGUGGACUCGUUGGCACAUUCAUCAAUGUACGAUUCGCUAGUGCCAUCUGUUUACGAAGGUGCUUUUUCGGGUGAGCGUCGCGCACUACCUGAUGAUUGGGCCAGUAGUUUGAUUCAAGAUGCACGGGAUGAAUUGCAUCGUCAACAGGCCCGGGAAUCAGACUCCUUAGAGAGUAGUGAUCAGUUUGCUGUUGUUGGAACCUCCGAUUCAUUGUGUACUACCUCAUCCUCGGUGGAUUCCAGUUAUGGUUUCCUAGGCGCUGGUGAAGACAUUGUAAUCACAGAGUCUGGAGUUGUCGAAUUUGUACCGCAUCAGUUACAAUUACUACAUCAACAAUACUGCGAAGGCUUGGAACUAUCUGGAGUAGAUACAGCUGUUUCACGGACCGUUGAGGAACGCAGACAUCGACGCGAUUCGAUUGAUUCGCUUGAAUUGUCCUAUGAACGUAGAGGACCUAUUUCGGAAGAGGAAACCGAAAGUAGCAUGGCUAUCGCACAGGGACCUAGUUACAGUCAAGCGGGUUUGUGUAUGUCAACCAAGUCCGAGUUGAUGAGCGAUUCGCUGGAGGAUAGUGGUGCUGUUUUCGGUUUGCCAAGCGAAAGUACCCGGGAGGUGGAGCAGUAUGGUCAUCCGACAGAACCGGCUGGAAAAUUGCUAAUCGCGGAUACCGUAUGCAAAUCUGCUUUGAGUGGUCCGAUUGGGGAACACUUGGCUGCAAACAUCUCAGAUAUUCCGAUCCCUUUGGAAAUCGGUCCAUCCAUCGAAGUGAUUCAACCGGUGAUGGAAAUCGUAUCAGCAACUGACGAGUCCGCAAUAAUAAUUACUGGAGCUGGAAGUACCAGCUCCCUGAAUGUGAUCAGUCAAACAGGUGAUGAUUUGGGUCUCGUUUCUCACACAGAUUCAAAUCUAGAGUCGGCCAUUUUCGAUGCCUCGGAAGACGAAGUGGCUAUAUACCGAGAUCUGAGUGACCGACAUCAAACCCAAGCUCAGCUGGGUGGUAGCGAUUCGCAGGAUAACAUCCAGUCCUGUUUUUCCACCUCCGUGACUAGUGCUAUCUCAUUUGAAGAUAUUGCCUCCGGACCAGUAGGCUCCAGUGCUCCGUCUGUCGAAGGUCCGGAUAGCAUAUUCGGUGGUCAACAAACUCCGACAGAGUCAGCUUGGAUGUAUUCCACCACGAGUGCCCGAAGAGAACUCCAAGAGGGGAAAACAGCUCUAGUCACCUCGGUUCCAACCGUCAUUUCGCGUGGUGAUGAUGAUUCUGCCCAACAGACAGAUUUGGCUUCCACUGACACAAAACCGCCAGUCGACCUGUGA